AUCUGCAAUCUUUUCAAUUAUAUUGAAGUUUUUUUUUUACAAUAGUUAUAUUGAAGUUGGUUCUCCCCCGCUCGUGGACUAACUAACCCACAUUGUGUUAAUGAACCUGGAGUUAUUAAGAUGCGUCAUAUUAGUCAUAAAACAUUGGGCUCCCUUAAAGUAUUGUGAGGUCUUCAUUUCUUACUAUUGUUGCAUUUGUCGAUUGUUCUAAUCCGUUCUUGAUAUAGAAAUUACUAAAUAAUUUCUAGGAUGAAAAUGUUGUGUCAUUAAGAUUUUUAAUUGAUCCAUAUAACACACCCAAUUAUCCAUAUAUUUCUUUAGUUGGUGCAGACGGGUUCCCUUCGUCCCCCGCCAGUUCUUGUUAUUUGUUUCCCGAGAAGCCUGUGGAUUCUUUAAUUUACACUUUCACUCAACCGCUCGUCAGUCAUCACAGACAGAUGCGCAUGCGCGACUGCUUGUGCGCUCUCCAGGAAGAAAGUAGCUUUUGUUUCCUCUCGGCUCCGCGUAUGAAGAGCAGCCAGCUUCCGGCAGGAAGGAUCUUCGUUUCCUCACUUCUUCAGCAAUGGUGAUUCCCACUUGCCGUCUGGUCGACACCUUGAGGACCUGCGGUGUAGCCUCCAGUGGAUUAACUCGGCAGCCGCGGCGGACUGCGAACCAGGCUCCUUUGAGAGUGGCUUCCGUUCGUGGCUCCCCACUGAGCUCGCUGUCACAAUCGAACUGCUCGUUUGGUUUGAAUCUCAAUGGCGGUCGUUCCGCGUUUGCUGCUGGACCCCGGAAGUCUACCGUCGUGAUUGGCUGCGGGAAGACGAUCGAAGAUGAUCCAUCCGUCAGCGAGACUGGGGAUGACACUGAUGACCAGAAGGUUUCGAGGGUUCGUCCAAAAGUGCCCGAGCGUGACUUUACGGGCACGGCCUAUGUGCCUGUGUACGUGAUGUUACCACUCAAUGUCAUAGACAUGAAUUGCCAGUUGGUGGAUCCUCAAGGUCUUACCAACGAUAUGAAGAUCUUGAAAUCAGCUGGCGUUGAUGGAGUUAUGGUGGACUGCUGGUGGGGAAUAGUGGAAGCUGAAGCUCCACAGGCGUAUAACUGGAGUGGCUAUAAGGAACUUUUCAAGAUUGUGCGUGAUCUCAAUCUUAAACUUCAGGUUGUUAUGUCGUUUCAUGAAUGCGGGGGUAAUGUCGGGGAUGAUGUUUUUAUUCCUCUUCCUCGUUGGAUCAUACAAAUCGGCGAAACCAAUCCCCAUAUAUAUUUCACUGAUAGAGAAGGCAGGCGCAAUAGUGAGUGCCUCACAUGGGGUAUUGAUAAGGAGCGGGUUUUAAAAAGCAGAACUGCUCUUGAGGUAUUGCAUCAAGCCAUAAUAAACUUGCAUAAUCUCAUGUAUGCUAUACCCAAGUACCUCAAGGGUUUGUCUUUGUUAAUGUUUCGAUAUUCUGCAUAGUUGACUUCACAUAUGAAUUUACUAAAACCCAGUUUAGAUACAAAUUAUGAAACCAAGGUUCUUUUGGACCAAAUCCUAGUUCAGCCAGAUACCUCAACUUAUGUUCUGUAUAUAUAUAGAUUAUAGAGUAAAGAACUCCUGAUUCCAGAGUUGUUAUUAGCAGUUUAUGAGCCUCCAUCACUAAGUUACUUACCCAAUAAGUGCAGGUUUAUUUCGACUACAUGAGGAGCUUCAGAGUAGAGUGUGAUGAAUUUUUCCAGGAUGGAGUCAUCUCUGAAAUUGAAGUGGGACUGGGUCCAUGUGGAGAGUUACGGUAUCCUUCAUAUCCAGCAAAGCAUGGUUGGACAUAUCCUGGCAUUGGUGAAUUCCAGGUACAUUAUUUUCUUCUUUGUAUCUGGAUUACUGUUCUGUAAGGGAGGAUACUGUGCUUGUUCAAAUGUAAUAAGAGGUAAAAAAAAAUCAAUUCCAAUAGGACAGAUAAUUCUUCACACACAGCAAUAUUCUGGUUAAUAAAUAAGAUUUUCUGAACUCUCUGUAUUGUAAAUAUGAAGGAACUGUUGGCGCCAUAUAUCCUUAUUUGAUGUUCUCUCCCUAUUAUAUGGUUGUGAUUUCAAUUAGUAUCACUGCUUAUUGGAGAAGUACCAUUGUAAGUGGUAUCUUCCAUAUUGACACAACAUGUUUCAGUUCAGUGUUAUGAUAAGUACUUGAUGAAGAGUCUGGCCAAAGCAGCAGAAAUCCGUGGACAUUCGUUUUGGGCAAGAGCUCCAGACAAUGCAGGCUCUUAUAAAUCUGGACCCCAUGAGGCUGGGUUUUUCCGUGACGGUGGUGACUUCGAUAGUCACUAUGGUAGAUUCUUCUUGAAUUGGUAUUCUCGAUUAUUGAUUGAUCAUGGUGACCGUGUACUUUCUCUCGCUAAUUUGGCUUUUGAAGGCACUAACAUUGCAGCAAAGGUAGCCAGUUUCUUCUUGAUGUUACUCUUUGAUCUUCGUAGCAGGAGCUUUCAUCUCAUCAGCCAAGAUAUUGGUCUCUUUCUGUGUGUUUUCCAAUAAUGACAUCUUGUUAUGUGGUUUGAUGAGUAGUUAUCAGGGAUCCAUUGGUGGUACAAAACUGCUAGUCACGCAGCUGAAUUAACUGCUGGAUUCUACAAUCCUUCAAACCGUGAUGGGUAUGCUCCCAUUGCAGCAAUGUUGAAGAAGCAUGGAGUGACUCUUAACUUCACUUGUUUUGAGAUGCGCACACUGGAUCAAUAUGAGGGAUUUCCCGAGGCAUUGGCAGAUCCUGAGGGGUUAGUGUGGCAGGUAUGUGAGCCUGCUCCUUUUAGUCUGCCCUUCAAUCUGGGUACAUGGUGCCAUGGUAUACAUGUCGCUGUUUUGCUUCUAAAUUCAAUUGGUUCCUCUUUUGGUGCCUCCAGUUAAUCUAAUAUCAAUCAAUCGAACUUCAAACUUUUCCCUUGAAACUUAAAAAAUCUUUUUUCUAUUU